AUGCCAAAUCAGCAUUCGAAUAGCUUGCAGCAGGCCGAAGAAAUCAAAGAGUUAUCUCUUGCAUCCUCACCCUGUCGACAAAUCGGAGAGGGAACGGAUUCGGAACUUGAGUUACGGCUGGAAUCUUACACGAACCGACUCUUGUAUUUUGAUUGGAGCGCCCUAGAAAGCAGUGAGGACAUCACUGUGACAGAUCCGGUAAAAAAGUAUUGGACUCUAAAAGAGUUGAGGGAUUUGCUUGAAGCGCGAAGAAGGUUGCAGCAUCUACGACUAGUUCAUCACAAAUGCGAGCGGCGUCUGCCCAGUGAUUCGAGCAUAUGUACAGCACAACGGGCUAAGAAGGAUAGGAAAUGUAGCCUGGAUGAAGAUGCAGAAGAGUCGCCCGGCAACAAUCUCAGGCAGGAAGGCACAGUAUCUGCUACUUCAGGACUGCUUGAUUGGCGUAGAGAUAUCAACAAUGGAUCUCGGAACAAUGGGUACAAACAAGCAAGUCGAAGGACACCUAAAUCUGACUCGAUGUGUUUGGCAGAAAACUCUGACUAUUCUACUGAUCCUGUGAAACAAGGUCAAAAAAACCAACCUCUUUUUAUAAAGGACCAGGACUGCCAGUCUCAGCGCCUAAAUAUAUCUGGAAACAACAUGGACAGGAUGCGCGACACAUCGAGAAUAUCAAAUCCAGGAGGCAAGGACUAUAACGUUGCUCAUUACAGGGAUCUCGUCGUCCAUACUCUAGAUGCAGCAUACGAUGUGAUUAUUCAUUCAGACAAAGGCUCGCUGUGUGAGUUUUCAACCAAUGGAAACCCGGAUUCAACGAGGCCGUCUAUUACCGGCGAAAAUGAAGGCAUUUCCCGGGUGGCUUGUGGUGCACCAAAUGAAGCACGCUUACUCUCUCCUGUUCUCUCAGAAGACACCCAGUAUAGACUCACUCUACAGCGGGACGUCUAUAAUAUGGAACAGCAACUCAGGGGAGAAACAUUCUUUCGUGGGUCUUUCCAACAACCCUGGGCAGCAAGUGUACAGGAAAUGAAAUAUUACGCAAGCCACUUCCCAUCAUGGGAAAUAGAACAGUCUAGCCAGAAAGCUCCAAAAGCAUUAGGCCUAGAAGGUGACAUUCUUGGCAACCUCAAAGGAUUUUGGCGACAGAACAAGUUGUACUGA